AUGGACUUCUUUACUGCAUAUUUCGAUGAGCCGCUCAUGGAACACAUUGUUCACGAAACGAACAGACUUGCGGCCGAUCUCAUUGAAGGUGAGGAACUAUCGGAAUUUUCACGACUACAGCGUUGGAAAGAGACAACUCUGUUGAUCCUACGGUGCCUUCAUUUUGCAAAUAAUGCAGACGAGAGACAGAAUAAUAGGCUUUGA